GAAGGGAGAAAAGCUGACCUGUAUCAUCUGUGAAGAGCGGGCGUUGGGUCAGUUUAUGGAAGCGAGGAAUCAAUACAGAAAGUAGAAUUCCAUAAUGAGAGGCGGAAUGUCCCUCUCCUUCCUCCUGGUCCUCCUGUGUUCUUCUAAUGGAUGGACACGUACUGAAGGCUACCAUUGUAAGCAGAGAGAGGGGACCUCCCUUACGAUAUUGAUGGAUGAAACUCCGGCCUAUCACAGUCUUUCAUACAGUUUGGAGAAAGUUCUGAAUUCUGUAUCAGCCAGAUUUCCCUGCGUUACACGACAAUAUACCACAAUAACUCUGGACCGCACAGAAACAAAUGAAACUAUCACCAAUGACAAGAGUGAUUUCUUACAAUGUAUAACAAGAAAGUCUUGGGAUUAUGCCUAUUACUAUAAGCAUAUGUCGAUCUGCAAUCAGUCCCUCCUCUAUGGGCUGAAGAGAGCUCUGGAGAUUUCCCCAUCUGAGUCCCUCAUUUUGGUUUAUACCUUUGGCUGCAUGGCAGAUUACAAUGACACUCGGCUCCUGUCUGAAGUUUACACAUUGCUGGAGGAGAAGAAGUCCCAAGUUUAUUUUUUGCGGUACUCUUGGUAUUGUAAGAUGGAAGCUUCCCAGAAAGAUGUGUUUAAUGAAAUUGCAUCUCUUAGUUAUGGAGGUUUUAUCGAUAUGAGAAUGACUGAUAAUUAUGAGCUAUGGCGAUCAUUUGAAUUACUUUUGUCUAAGCCUCUAAAUUCAACUCUGCACCUCCUAAACAUCUGCUUAAAGGUCACUGAGGAAUAUACCAAAGUGUUUAGUGUCCCAACUUCCUUAUCAUAUUUACUGAUCACAAGAAAUCAACGAGUCAUUUUAAAAUUUACUGAUCCAAAUGGAAGCACGUUUGCAAUUGACAAUACCUAUUAUUACAACUACUAUAAUUAUUAUGUUCAAAGUUCCAAUUUGAUAAAAACUCCGGCUGAGGGGUCCUGGAUUCUGAAUGCUCGGGGGAAUUCAUCACUUUCUCUUCAAAUAUUGGGAUUUACUGGGAAUUAUUUGGAUUCUGACUGCCACCCGAAUGCCACGUGUUCGGAGUUUGGAGGAUACGGGGAGUGCACAUGUAAAAAGGGAUUUUCUGGAGAUGGGACAACUUGUAACGAUAUAGAUGAAUGUCAGGACGAUUACACCAACAAUUGUGAUUAUUAUAGUGGCGGUUCCUGUGUAAACACAAUCGGAUCUUACACCUGUAAUUGUUCUAGAGGAUAUAAAUAUAUAUCAGAAUUUGGCUGUGUAGACAUUGAUGAGUGUGCGGACAGCUCUCUUAACGACUGUGACCCAAUAGCCAUAUGUAGAAACCAUUAUUAUGGAUCUUACACCUGUACUUGUCCCGAUGGAUAUUACGGAGAUGGAAGACACUGCGAGGUCAAUGAAUGCCAACAAGGAACACUGUGUGACUCUAAUGAAGACUGCAUGAAGUACAUUGGAUCAUAUUCCUGUGUUGACCCUUGCUCCAACCACACCGUACUUGAUGACUCCUGGCGCAGCACUUCUAAUAAAGCUAAUUCUAGUAACUAUCAGUAUGACUGGUAUCAUUGUGACUAUGACCUGUCCGGCUGGUAUCGGUUUAAAAGAGAAUAUGACCAGCAAAUCCCUGAGCACUGCAUACCAGUAGACAGCUGUGGGGCUGAUUUCCCCAUCUGGAUGAACGGCUCCCACCCUACAGUCAGUGACGGCAUUGUGAAUCGGACAGCUUGUUCCAGCUGGUAUGUCGGAUGCUGCACAAUACCUAAUAAUAUUUCUGUGAAAAAGUGUCCAGAAGGAUUUUAUGUGUAUAAGCUACAAAGUACACCAACCUGCUACUCUGUCUAUUGUACAGAAUCCAAUCAUAGCUGCUCAGGAUUGGACUGCGCUCCCGGUGAGGAAUGUGGAAUCGUGGACGGAGUUCAUGGCUGUUACUGUAGAGAUUCAUCAAAUACUACCGAUGGGAUGCAACUGGGAAAUGUAGAAGGGAAGUUGAAGAAGUGUCCCAGAGAAGAAAAAGAAGAAAAAUAAAAUACUUCUUGGAGAGCAAAGUUCUACUUCUGUUCCUAUAUGCAUGCGUUGUUUUUCCUUCCAUCCAAUGGGUUAUAUAAGGGCCAGUUUGAUUGUUGUCACUGUUUUACAGUACAGGCACAUUUAUUUCUUUGAACGCUGCUUAAUAACCAAAUAAUUUUGCAAAUUUUUGCACAUCCUUUUGUUAAUUCACCGUCAGCGCUUACCAUUUCAUCUGCUUUGCAAAUUUGUAUUUCUGUGUGACGGAAAAAAAUUCUUGUCUAAACAUUGUCUGAUGAUGUGAACAUCUCCUUACUCUUCAAUCUA